AUGAAGGUCUACGUCAGAAAUGCUCACAAGAGGAUCGAGACCAAGUAUCAGGAUUGGGAGACAGUAGUCGAAGAGCGAGAUCGCACGGCGAGCCGGGCAACAGCAUUUCAGAUCGAGGACGCCCUGGACUCUCAAGACGUCCAGUAUGUGCACCUGUCAAGGAUGGGACAGUUGGAUAUCAAUCAGCUGAACUCGUUGAAGUCGCUGAGAUUCCUUGACCUGAGUGAAAAUGGCAUCAGACGACUUCCGGACAUGCAGUUUUGGUCUUCCCUGCCGCUGCUACAGGUGCUCCUCCUCCAUCAAAACAGGCUGGAGAAAGUUUCGGCCUUGGCUGGGCUAGCAGGCAGUGUGAGGCUGCGGUCGCUGACGGCAUUCCAGAACCCUGUGGCUCAGAGUCCUUCUUAUCGUCCCUUCCUCCUCUCUCUCUGUCCUUCCAUCCUCUGCCUCGACGACGAAGUCAAGAACGACAACGAUUUCCUGCCCGCGGGUCACAAGCUGUUUUCGAGGAUUCAGAGCUACAUGGACGAACACUCUGCAAUGAUAGCAAGAGAGGAGAAAGCGAGGGAGGAGGUCAGCUCCUCCGAGCUUGUCUCUUCCUUCCACCGCCACAUGCACGUCUUGUACAGCAGCUACUCGCGAUGUCGACCGUACCUUGUGAUCCAGCGAGUCUUCCGAGGGCAUGUUGGGAGGAAGCACUUCUCGAGGAUAUCGAGGCGAGUCAGGCCUUGUGUGGUGAAGCUGCAGAAGUUCUUGAUGCGAAGGUACAUGAGGACCUUUGCACUCCUGCACUUCAAGCGAUUGUUGGCAGAAGAGGAAGAGACUUUCUUGAAUCUGCAAAGCGGGAAAGGGAGGUUGGAGGAAUCUGAGACGGGAGGACGCAGCAUCUUCAUCCUUCCUUCGAGCAAGAGAUCUUGCCUCGAACUGCUGAAAGUUUGGACCCAGCUUCUGUUCGUGGAGAACGCUCCUCGAGUCACGAGGACGGAGAUCGCGUGCUGCCGCGAGCCUCCUCCUCCUCCUCCUGGGGACUCGUCGAGCCUUUCUCUGAGAGGGAUCGUGCUGAGGAAGAGGAAGAGGAAGUGCGAUAUGCUCGAUGCCAUCAAGCUCAGGGCCGACCCGUCGAUCUUGCAAGUGAUCGCCUUCAACGUCAUUCGCAGAAGGGGUUACAAGUGCAACAGCGGAGAGAGGAGGGUGCACGCGACGAGCAGGAGCAUCGUUCUGCUCCAUCCGGAUGCAGUCGACCGGAUCCUUGCCGCCUGCUCCAUCCAGCGGAUCUGGCGAUCAUGGAGGUGCCGCUCUACCAUGGUUCCUACUCUGGCUACUUCGCUCCUCCGCCUCCGGUCUGCUCGUCUCCUGCAGCAGUAA